AUGACUCCGAGAUCCAACAAUCCAUCACCCAGCGUUAGCCAGCCUACGCCUCCAGCCGUUCCCUCUGUAACGACUGGAACUACUGCUGCCAAUACCAAUGACUCUGACAGCGACCAGCCCGAGGAACGCCCAACCCAUACGUCUGAAAUCGGAACCCUCAAAAAGCUCCCGAACCACCAGACUGCGUGGCUGGGGAGCUCAUCUGGAGUCUACUUUGUUAACACGGUUCGUCGAGCUUUCUCGGCCGCAUUCGGCUCUUCCAAUCUUGCCGGCCCCAAUGCUGUUCCGGCAAGCGAGGACAUUCUCACCGGAGAGGAUGCAGAAGGCCGCUCGUACAAUGGUCCCCUGCACGAUGGCCCCUCCACUACUGAUCCAUUCCCCCAGCUUUUGGCCGCGGGUCUCGGGAAACCUCCCGAGCAAAGAGUCGCCAUCGAAUUGGUGACUUCUUUCUUCACUACAUGGCAUCCUCUAUUUCCCUUCUUGCACGGGCCUAGCUUCCUCAAAGAUAUGGAGUCCAUCUAUAAACGCCAGCGUCGUCCAUCGAAACCAACCAAAGAUGUUCCCUCUCCCCAAGAUCUGCGAAAGCUCCUCACCUUCCAAAUCAUCAUCAACAUUGCUUCUUUGGACAGGACUGACAUCCAUCUGCCCAUCGAAUCCCGCAUUAAAUCAACUGCCGAUGUUAGCCGCAUGGCUGGCUGCCUCGCACUGUCCCAUGACUUAGCAACAAUCCAAGCCAUCCUGGCCGCGGAGCUCUACCUGGUCGCUACCUUGGCCAUUCGCCAAGCCAGCACCGUAGCGGGAAUCAUCGUGAAAUUGAUCUACCAUGCGGGGCUCCAUCGCUGCCCGCUACGCUACGCCCAGCUGUCCUUGGAGGAUUGUGAAAUAAGGAAACGCAUCUUCUGGUCUGCAUAUGCGCUAGACAGGCAUUGCAGCCUUAGCCUUGGCGAUCCAAAUACCAUUCAAGACGAUGAUAUUGACGUGUGCCUCUCAGGCCCAGAGUUGCACAAAGCACUGGCCAGAGAUAUCAUCCCCAAACCUGACAUGGAUAUGGGGGUCCAUAUGCCGCCACCUCCAUUGGUGGGUGAUGAUCCAAGACUUGUAAAUGAUGAUGCACCAGAAGCGCGUGAGAAGCGUUUGCGAGAGGCCGCCUUGACUGCCUAUGUACAAUGGGGAAAACUGACGGGGCAAAUCAUCGAAGUCUUUCACAAAAGUAUUAAUCAUCGAUUUCCCAAGCAUGAACAAAUUCUUCGAUUGACCAGCGACAUCGAGACUUGGUGGAAUGACCUUCCUGGCUUUCUAAGCGGCGAGAGUGAAGUAUCCAGCCAUCAUCACAGUCAUGGGCCCCCCGAGAAAAGCAGUGUCUCAACACAACAGCCAUCCAAUAAGCAAGGACCCCCAUCUACGAGUGGAGCAUCGACAUCCGGAGAAAAUGCUGCCAUUCCAUCAUCUCAGCAACAUUUGGCACCCUUUUUCAAGAUUCUGUACCACAGACUGCUACUUCUGGUCAAUCGCCCGCGACUCUCUCUGGAUCAAAGUACACCUGAAUUCCAGCAUGGUCUUCAAGUAUGCAUCCGAGCGUCACGGGGGAUCGUUGCAGGCCUCAAAGCACACAAGCAACAUGGCCAGUCUAUGUUUCUCCCCGGACUUUUGUCCGCGGCGUGGAUGUCUGGUCUAAUCAUCGCUUUCGCAUGUCAACUCGGGAAAUAUGCCAAGGCUCGCGCUCUAAGUGACAUGCAAGCAUGUUUGACACUACUUGAGAGCAUGAACAUCAGGUGGUACACGGUAGCAAAUUGCCACAAAGUGUUGAGCCUCUUGCUUGUCAAUGUCCAGAGUCGCAAAGCAUCAGUUAACGGAUUCUUACAAACCAUCAAGGCCGUCGAGAGCCCACAGGCGACCACUGAGUAUGAGUCCAAUGCCCCCAGCCGCAAACGUCAGCGUACCGGCGAAGAGAAUAUUCAGUCACCACGGAAGUCAUCGUUCACCGAUUCUGCUACGAGCAGUCCGGUGCAAAACCAUUCCACUUCCAAUCCUCCACGGUUGAGACAACAAUCCUCCACAGCCAAUUCCACUCCGACUUGGACCCCCUCGACAGUCUUUGAUCCUAACAACCCUUCCGCGUUGACGAACCCGAGAAGUGGCCACCCCUCCGCCUUUGAUUUUUCGAACUGGGAUCGCGGCCAACCCACCACUCAACCACAGUUUGCUCCGGGAAUUGGCAGCGCCGUCUAUGCAACACCCCAGGAUCUUGCAUUCGCGCAAAGUAACAUGAACAUCGCCGCUGGGCCGGGCCUAAAUGGUGGAGAUGGGGGUCAAAGUGGGCCAGACGGUACGCUAAACGACUAUUCAGAUCCCAUGUUCUGGGGUAACAUGGAUUACAAUGUGGCCGACAUCUUUGGAUCGGCGACUUGGGAAAACAUGACUGGUCCGUUUGCACCUGGAGGUGGUGUCAACUCCGGUUGGGAGAUGUAG